AAGGAGACAGGAGAAGAGAAGAGAAGAGGAGAGAAGAGAAGAGGAGACAAAAGAGGAGGACAAACACCGGGGAUGCGAACAUGGCAUCGGUGCGCGUGGCGGUGCGCGUGCGUCCCAUGAACCAACGGGAGAAGGAGCUCUCAGCCCAGUGCAUCAUCGAGAUGGAAGGAAACAAGACAACUAUUACCAACUUAAAAAUCCCUGAUGGUGUGACGGGUGACUCGGUGAGAGAGAGAACUAAAACCUUCACAUAUGACUUCUCCUAUGACUCGGGCGACCGCAAGGGCACCGGCUUCGUCUCACAGGAAAAGGUCUUUAAGGACCUGGGUUCAGAUGUGCUCAAGGCAGCGUUUGAGGGCUAUAACGCCUGCAUCUUCGCCUAUGGACAGACAGGUUCAGGAAAGUCCUACACCAUGAUGGGCAACCAGGGAGACGUGGGACUGAUCCCGAGGAUAUGCGAGGGCUUGUUCACCCGGAUAACCGGCAUGACCCGUCGUGACGAAGCCUCCUUCCGUACGGAGGUCAGUUAUUUGGAGAUCUAUAACGAGCGUGUGAGGGACCUGCUGAGGAGGAAGCUGGCGAAGACGUAUAACCUGCGAGUGAGAGAGCACCCUAAAGACGGCCCUUACGUCGAAGACCUGUCGAAGCACCUGGUUCAGAACUACAGCGACGUGGAGGAGCUGAUGGAGGCUGGAAACAUCAACCGCACCACAGCCAGCACCGGCAUGAACGACGCCAGCAGUCGCUCGCACGCCAUCUUCACCAUCAACUUCACGCAGGUAUAAAACACACACCGGUCG